UCUCUAGGAAAUAACCCUAACGUUUCCUCUUCAUAACGCAAACCUAGGGUUUUCGAAAGGUAAAGGAAGAGAGGGGCCGCCGGCGUGGAGUUUCUUGUGGAAGAAGGUAGAAGAAGGUAGGAGAAGAUGGUCAAAUUCCUGAAACCCGGGAAGGCGGUGAUCAUCCUUCAGGGCCGGUUCGCCGGGAGGAAGGCGGUGAUCGUGCGGUGCUUCGACGAGGGCACCCGCGACCGUCCUUACGGCCAUUGCCUCGUCGCCGGCAUCCUCAAGUAUCCUAAGAAGGUCAUCCGUAAGGACUCGGCGAAGAAGACGGCCAAGAAGUCCCGCGUCAAAGCUUUCUUGAAGGUGGUGAACUACAGCCACAUCAUGCCCACCCGCUAUACCCUAGAUGUGGAUCUCAAGGACGCCGUCACCCUCGACGCUCUCCAGUCCCGGGACAAGAAGGUGGCCUCCUGCAAGGAGACUAAGGCGCGCUUCGAAGAGCGCUUCAAGGCCGGCAAGAACCGGUGGUUCUUCACCAAGCUCCGAUUCUAGAGAGGUAUAGGGAGUUGUUAUUUGAUCUAGUAGACUAGUUGGCUCGUAACAGUUUUCGAUGGGGUAUUUUCUUGAUCGGUUUAUGAGACUUGGUUUUAUUUAGGAUGAAUGGAUCCAGAUGAGUUCAAUUGUGGUUAGAUGCUUUUAUUAAAUUGUGGUUUUAUUUUUGGUACUUGAUUUUUUAUAAUGAUACGAUGAUCCUGAAAUUAAAAGAUUGAAUGAUGUUGGUUCUCA